UUAUUUGCAAACUCCCUUUGCUUUUUUUUCCUCGUCUCCCCCUCUCUGUCUCUGUCUCGCUCUCGCUCUCGCCUCCAAUGCAACUUUUGCAGAAACCCCCAACACACACAGACAUGUUGAGCUGAGAGCUAGGGGGAUCGGCUGAGUCCCCCCUCCCCGACCCCAAGUCCCAAAUCUGGGGGGGGGCCUCUAAUCACCUCUCCCCCCACCCUUGACCUGUCCACUGUGCAUCGACCCUCCCCACACCUCUUCCACUCCCUGCUCCUUUUUUUGGUGGUGUUUUUGUUAGAUGGACAGGAUCAAGGGUGGAUUUUUCUGUCUCCCCCCUGAUGAAGUGAGGCGGUGAUGCAGGAGGCUGGCAGCUUCGACUGUACGGAGAGACACAGGCUCAAGAUGGCAGAUUUGUAUUGAGUUUGGGGGGCUGAGAUCUCGCUUCAUUUUUUAAAUGUUUUAAUAUAUUUUUUUUUGCCAUGAAUAACACAUUCUUGCACCGAUGGCCCCUAUGUACGAAGGUAUGGCCUCGCAUGUGCAAGUUUUCUCCCCUCACACCCUUCAGUCAAGUGCCUUCUGUAGUGUGAAGAAACUGAAAGUGGAACCGAGUUCUAACUGGGAUAUGACUGGGUACGGCACACAUAGCAAAGUCUACAGCCAGACCAAGAACGUGCAGUCCUCCCAAGCGGCGGCAGCAGCAGUCAACGCCUCCCUCCAGAUUCCCAACCCCAGUAUCCCUUACGAACAGACCAUCAUCUUUCCAGCAAGCACGGGGCACAUCGUGGUGACAUCUGCCAGCAGCACUUCUGGUGUCGUUGCAGUGUCUGGGCAAGCAUUGGGAGGACCUCACAACCUGAUGCGUCGAAGCACUGUGAGCCUUCUGGACACCUACCAAAAAUGUGGACUUAAGCGCAAGAGUGAGGAAAUUGAGAACACAAGCAGUGUGCAGAUAAUUGAAGAGCAUCCACCAAUGAUUCAGAACAAUGCCAGUGGGGCCACAGUAGCUACUGCCACCACAUCCACUGCCACAUCCAAAAACAGUGGCUCCAACAGCGAAGGGGAUUACCAGCUGGUACAACAUGAAGUGCUGUGUUCUAUGACCAACACAUAUGAAGUAUUAGAAUUUCUUGGCCGCGGAACCUUUGGGCAAGUGGUCAAAUGCUGGAAACGUGGCACUAAUGAGAUUGUAGCUAUCAAGAUCCUGAAGAACCAUCCUUCCUAUGCCCGACAAGGUCAGAUUGAAGUGAGCAUCCUGGCCCGGUUGAGUACGGAAAGUGCAGAUGACUACAACUUUGUCCGAGCCUAUGAGUGCUUCCAGCACAAAAAUCACACUUGCUUGGUCUUUGAAAUGUUGGAGCAGAACCUCUAUGAUUUUCUAAAGCAAAACAAAUUCAGUCCUUUGCCCCUUAAGUAUAUCCGGCCAAUCCUCCAGCAGGUAGCAACAGCCCUAAUGAAGCUGAAAAGCUUGGGACUGAUUCACGCAGAUCUCAAGCCAGAGAACAUCAUGUUGGUAGACCCAUCCCGACAACCAUACAGGGUCAAGGUCAUAGACUUUGGUUCAGCUAGUCACGUGUCUAAGGCUGUGUGUUCAACUUACCUUCAAUCCAGAUAUUACAGAGCCCCUGAAAUCAUCCUUGGUUUACCAUUCUGUGAAGCAAUUGACAUGUGGUCUCUGGGAUGUGUUAUUGCAGAGCUGUUCUUGGGCUGGCCUUUAUACCCAGGAGCUUCAGAGUACGAUCAGAUUCGCUAUAUUUCACAGACACAGGGCUUACCAGCAGAGUAUUUGUUAAGUUCAGGGACAAAGACAACAAGAUUUUUCAACAGGGAUACAGACUCACCGUAUCCAUUGUGGAGGCUAAAGACACCAGAUGAUCAUGAGGCAGAGACGGGGAUUAAGUCGAAGGAAGCAAGGAAGUACAUUUUCAACUGUUUGGAUGAUAUGGCACAGGUGAAUAUGACAACAGAUUUAGAAGGAAGCGAUAUGUUGGUGGAAAAGGCAGACCGGCGGGAGUUUAUAGAUCUGUUAAAGAAGAUGUUGACUAUAGAUGCGGAUAAGAGGAUAACUCCGAUCGAAACUCUGAACCACCCCUUUGUCACCAUGACGCACUUGCUUGAUUUCCCCCAUAGCACACAUGUCAAGUCCUGUUUCCAGAACAUGGAGAUCUGCAAGCGGCGGGUGAAUAUGUAUGACACGGUAAACCAGAGCAAGACCCCAUUCAUCACCCAUGUGGCCCCGAGCACAUCGACCAACCUGACCAUGACCUUUAACAACCAGCUGAACACUGUCCACAACCAGGCCACCAACCUGGCUCCCACCUCCACCAGUGCCACUAUUUCCUUAGCCAACCCUGAAGUCUCCAUACUAAACUACCAAUCUGCACUCUACCAGCCUUCAGCAGCAUCCAUGGCCGCAGUGGCCCAGCGAAGCAUGCCCCUGCAGACGGGAACGGCGCAGAUCUGUGCCCGGCCUGACCCCUUCCAGCAAGCCCUCAUUGUAUGCCCUCCAGGCUUCCAAGGAUUACAAGCCUCCCCUUCAAAGCAUGCUGGGUAUUCUGUACGGAUGGAGAAUGCUGUUCCGAUUGUCACUCAGGCUCCUGGGGCCCAGUCUCUUCAGAUCCAGCCAGGUCUCCUCGCACAGCAGGCCUGGCCUAGCGGGACCCAGCAGAUCCUGCUCCCUCCAGCCUGGCAGCAAUUGACUGGAGUAGCCGCCCACACCUCAGUCCAGCACGCAACUGUCAUACCAGAGACCAUGGCAGGGACCCAGCCGCUGGCAGACUGGAGAAACACACAUGCUCACGGCAGCCAUUAUAAUCCCAUCAUGCAACAGCCUGCGCUUUUAGCUAGUCACGUGACUCUUCCCGCAGCUCAGCCCUUGAAUGUGGGCGUGGCUCAUGUCAUGAGGCAACAGCCAACCAGCACCACUUCCUCCAGGAAGAACAAGCAGCACCAGUCAUCUAUGAGAAACGUGUCCACAUUUGAGGUUUCGUCCUCUCAGGCCAUCAGCUCCCCUCAGCGAUCGAAACGCGUGAAGGAGAACACUCCCCCUCGCUGUGCCAUGGUGCACAACAGCCCGGCCUGCAGCACUUCUGUCACGUGUGGGUGGGGAGACGUGGCUUCCAGCACCACGCGGGAGCGACAGCGGCAGACGAUAAUCAUUCCCGACACACCCAGCCCUGCAGUCAGUGUCAUCACUAUCAGCAGUGACACAGAUGAAGAAGAAGAACAGAAACAUGCACCCACCAGCACCCUAUCCAAGCAAAGAAAAAACGUCAUCAGCUGUGUCACAGUGCACGAUUCGCCCUACUCCGAUUCCUCCAGCAACAACAGCCCCUAUUCAGUGCAACACCGUGGGGCACACAAUAAUGGGAACACCUAUGAUACAAAAGGGGUACCAGAGACCCACUACAGUGGGAACCCCCGAACUAUAAUCGUGCCACCACUGAAAACCCAAGCCAGUGAGGUGUUGGUGGAAUGCGAUAGCCUAGUACCAGUCACCACCAGUCAUCAUUCAUCCUCCUACAAGUCCAAGUCCUCCAACAUCGUGACCUCCACCAGCGGUCACUCUUCAGGGAGCUCGUCUGGAGCCAUUGCCUAUAGGCAGCAGCGGCCAGGACCACAUUUCCAGCAGCAGCAGCCUCUUAAUCUCAGCCAGGCCCAGCAGCACAUCACGACUGAUCGCACAGGGAGUCACCGGCGACAGCAAGCCUACAUCACUCCAACAAUAGCUCAGGCUCCGUACUCCUUCCCACACAAUAGUCCCAGCCAUGGUACGGUCCACCCCCACCUGGCUGCGGCGGCAGCAGCUCACCUCCCCACCCAGCCCCACCUCUACACGUACACCGCCCCCGCUGCUCUGGGCUCCACAGGCACCGUCGCUCACCUGGUGGCCUCCCAAGGGUCUGCUCGUCAUGCUGUGCAACACACCACUUAUCCGGCCAGCAUUGUCCACCAGGUUCCUGUCAGCAUGGGCCCUCGGGUUCUGCCAUCACCCACCAUCCACCCAAGUCAGUACCAGGCUCAGUUUGCCCAUCAGACCUAUAUCAGUGCUUCUCCCGCUUCCACAGUCUACACUGGAUACCCGCUGAGCCCCACCAAGGUCAACCAGUACCCUUACAUCUAAACACUGGAAUGAGAGAGCGAGAGAGAGAGACCCGCAAAGAGGGAGUGAGGUGGCUGUUUUUAUACUGAAGAACAUGACAAACAAUGCAAUGGGAGGCUCACUUGAAACUUGAACGAAGGAGACUUUAAGGGAGAAAUGAGAAAGGAAAGAAGGAAAGAACUAAUUCUACACUUUUUAUUUAAAAAAAAAAAAAAGAAAAAGGAAAAAAAAAGAGUGAGAAAAAUAAAACAAAUACAAAACCAUUCUGCACCAAACUAGAGGGGGGGAAACAGAUGGACCCAAAGUGGGUCCUGUUUUUGGAGAACUUCACCAAUAGACUUUUAAAGAUUAUUUUAAUCUGAUAAUGAGAUACAUUUAGGUAUUUGUUGUCCAGAACACCUAAAACAAAAUCCAUUAGGUUUUUAACCCAAUAAAUCUACGGAUUAGGGAUUUAUCCAGAAUUUCAAAGGGAUAAUGCCCCAUUUUUGCACUGGUCUCUGUAACCCAAAGGUGUGUGAGGUGUUUUCCAUGGGGAAGGUAAAGGGAGGGGAGUGGACAGGGGUAGAGGAGGGGAAGGAAGGAUUGUUCCAUCACUCUAAAUUUCAGACCUAGCACUGAUACGCUUAAAACGUGUACACACAAACAAGAAUACGCACCAUUUGUCAAGAUCAGAAGCAUUUGGAGCUAUUUUUCCCUUUCUGUGAGCACCCUGGAUAAAUCCCUGAGAAAUGUUAUUCUUAAAAAAUGUCUCUAAUAGUGUAUGUUAGAUUUCAGUUUCUUUAUUUUAUUUUAUUUGGAAAUUUUCUUUUUAAUCCCCAGCUCUUUUAGUGUAGGAGUAGAAAAUUUCGCUGGCCCCUUGGUAGAAUGUAGCACUAUACAGUACGUACACCCUUUUUACUAUAUUGUGUUGAACUUCAAUGAUACCAAUAGACUAUUCCUCAAUGUGAUUGCACAAAAACAAAAAACAAAACAAAACAAAAAAAAGAAAAAAAAUAUAACAUAGGCAUGUAACAAAUGUGAUUGUCCAGGUAUGUAUGUAUGUGUGUGUGUGUGUGCGCGCGUGCUGAUGCUGCCUUCUCUCUGUGGUGUGUUCCUCAGCACAGCCAUUACAACUGUCACAGUCUUAGUUUUACAUCAUUCCCUUGUAGUGCCUUACCGAACUACAGAUGCGGUUUAAGGGUUUACUUCCACUGGUACUCCUAGAAACUGACUGAGGCUAGUCAGAAUUUCAUCUGAGCUCUUCUUUUGUGGUGGUGUUGAUUUUCUUCUUCGAGGUUAUUUUUCUGCCCCUGUUGUUACUCUUUAGUCAUUUGCCGAUGUGCAGGGGUCAGGAAGGCUUGUGGGGGCUAGAAGGACGUACCCCUAGAUAUCUGUUUAACAAUGUACAGGCUAGAAGUGACCAGAUUGGUCAUGAGACCCAAAUGUAGCUUCCCAAAGGGUCAAAGGUUUUGUUUGUGGGUCUGGGUUUUUUUUUUCCCUUUGGGAAUAAAAAUUUCCCUAUCAGUAGUUUAAUUCUCAUUCUGCUGUUUGCUAACAUUCUUAGAGGAUUAGAAGAACAGAUUCCUCCCAUCCUUGCUUUACAAACAUCUAGAGCGUUACAUUGCCUGAGUACUAUGUCAGAGAGAAGGGGGAAUGGGGAUUUGAUCCAUCAGAGGGGGAAUGCUUAAGGACACUUCCAGUAGAAUUCCAUAGAUGGGGGGAAAAGAAAGCAAGAGAAUGAGAGAAUUCAGUCUAGAGAGUUAAACUCAGGUUUCCUGAGUGAAAAGAGAAAAUUUUGAGACAUCAAGGCCCUACCCGUUGUAAUGUAGUUCUGACUGUGUUCUUUCCCCUCACUCAUCCCAUUUGUAUAAAAGCUGUAGUAGAAUGCUGUUUGAACUUGGUGAAAAAAUUCUUGCUCUGGAUCCUCCGCUUCAAAGGAACUCUAAACAGUCUUGUUUUCGGGUAGGUUUCCAAAGAGAGAUUUUCUUAUAGCUGAGAGGGUUAAGAGAGAAAAGGUGAUAAAAAUGGGCGCACCAUUGCAUCAAUACUUAGAAUUUCAUAUGUACUUGUGGCAGGAAGGGGAGGAGAGCCUAAGAAGAAGAAGGUUUGGUGGCGUGUUCCCAUCAAAGAUUAGGUCUGCAUGGCCACUCAGUGCCACUAUAGAUCUACCUAAACCGAGAGCAAGGAGUGUUUCAAGGUUUACUGCAAGAUGCUAGAGAAUGGCAGGUCAAUUGGCAGAGUGAAGAGGGAUGGAUCCCGUGGAUGGAGUUAAGGAAAAGGUCUCUCUCUCGAGAGAAACUGGCAAGACAGACAAGCACAGCUGUAAUAUCUGAUCAUGAGCAUUUGUCCAGCCUUGAAGAAGGAAGGGAUCUCAGUAUGCAUAGAUUGGGCAAGAUUAUUUUAUUUUGGCAAACCAUCAAGUAUCCCUCAUGUUUGCCAUUUCAGAUUCAUAAGCUAUCCUUGCACUGUUUUAUUUUACCAUCUCUCCCUCGCUCCCACUAAAUAUAAUGUAAAUCAGAAUCUGAUCUCUCAGCAGUCCAUGCACCUUACAUUCUUCCUUUAAAAAGACCACACUUUCCCAUUUAUCAAAGCCAGGAAAUUCCCUAUUCUCCCUGUACGUUUCCGUUGCAUUCCUCUCAUGUCCCAUUGGUUCAGGAAUGAAAGCAUCAUGCUGCUUGUGUCAUUAAAAGGAAUAAUAUUGUUAUUUUACUGUAUGAUUGUUCUGAUUAUUAUUAUUAUUAUUUUAUUAUUAUAUUUUACUCUGGGUUUUAAUUGCACACGCAUUCCUGCAUCUUUGUGUUAUUUUUCUCUUAGUAUUAUUAUUGAUGUUGUUUUGUUAAUUUUAUUAUGAAUAGUUUCUCUUCAUCAGUGGCAUCAGAGGGGUUGCUGUGCCUGUGAGAACUGCAGGAAGAGAGGAAGAUAGUUUUGUUCUGAGAAGACAAACUGUAGAGAGCAUAGAGGGAUCAGGGAAGGGACAUGCCAUGAGGACUUGUCCUUUAGGGAUGGAACAUUAUCCCACAUGGCACCCCUGCAUUUCAGCAGAAUGCCAGAAACUUUCCGUUGGAGGCAGAGACCAAACAGCAACCCACGUCAUUUUCUAGCAGCAGGGCUGGAUUAAAAGAGCAUGAGGGCCCUGGGUCCAUAAGGUCCAACUCACCAUCACAUUGUAGCAGCUAAUGUUUGCUGAGGCACUUGUAUGAGACCAAGACCAGGCCAUGUCCCCAUAAGCCCUUUAAUUAACCCAAGCUGGGGCUAAGUAUUAGAGCUCAGUUUCCCAGAGGGGCAAACAAAUGGUUGGCUCCUCAGAAGGUGCCCUAUCUACCCUCCAAGCUCUGAAUGAGAGAACCCGAAUGGAGGAAAGAAUGUGAUCCCCAGUCCAGUCACUGGAUAAACAACACUGGCAGACACUGAAGAUAUUAGCUUGUUAAAACCAAGCAGCAGGAAUAGCAAGGUACCUGUCCUGUUCUACCAUUUCUGAAGACUAAAGGUGUGUCCAUAUGGCCAAGAUAUUUGGCUCGUGUUUCUUCCUCCUUGAUAUAGCUGGUCUUUUAAUUAUUACUUAUGAAAUUUUAUUAAGCUUUUUUGUUGUAUGGAAUUAUGUUUUCAGUUACAUCUCCCACCCUUAUUAGAGCUGUGGGUGUAGAGUCUGUGUAGAGGCCUAAUUCAGCAGCACAUUUAAUCACACGCUUGAGUGCUUUGCUGAAUAAGGAUGGACUUUAAGCACAUGCUUAAAGUCAAAAUAUUUGCUUACGUGCAUCACUAUAUUUGGGGCCAAUAAAGCAGGGAAGAGAGGAAGGGUUGGUUUUAAUCUCACUUACCAGAAUGUUUGAUUUAUUUAUUAUGUUUUGCCUGCGUCCAGGUCUGUCUCGUUCUUCCACUACGCACGAAUCUGAUUUCUGUGGCAAUAGGGUGACAGAGCUUACGACGGUGCAUUCUGUGGUGUGAAGGAAUGCAUUGCAAAGUGGAAGGGGCAGUUGUUGGUCCUGUUCGUGCUGAGAGCAGAGUUGGGCUAGCUAUGGUUCUGAUCCCAGCGCAGUCAGAGGCAGCGUUGCUGGAAGGGGUUGUAAUAAGGAUGAACGAUGUAUCCGUAGUAUUGUGUUUAUGUUGCAAUGCUAAGUGAGGACUGAGUUUUCUGCUGGCUAGGGAGACACAAAAAAAUGCCUUUCCCUCUCUCUCUCUCUCUCUCUGAAAAUAUAAUAUGGUAAGGGCAGUACUAUUACCCAGACAGAGGGGAGACAAUGUUAGUAGAGGAGCUAAAUUCUUGGCAGGCACACGGUUGGAGCUACACAAGUAACAAUAGCUGAAUUAUUUAGCUUGCAGAGACCUUUGGAGUUGAAAAUAGGAUUGAUGUGUUUUGGAAUGAGCUUGGGUUUCUUUGUGUGUGUGGAGCAAACUGCUUGGAAACUUGAGGUGGAAGGCGAAUGGUUCAGUACUGGAAGUAUUACCGGUGGUUCCUGGUUGGCAGUGACCCCUUUCCCCAUCACAGUGUCUUGCUUUCGUCUGAUGCUGGAAACAGGAGAGGUGAACAGACAUUGCCUCUCUUAGAGCUGGACAUUCAAAGUGCUGCUAUGAAACCAGAAUAUACAGAGAGGUGGAGGGACUAGUUACCUUGAGCAGAAUGAAACAGGAUAAUGGACGAGCUAGAACUUUUCUCAGUGUAGACUGGGCCAAAUCCAGCUGUUUGAAGAAGCAACUACAAUUGCAUUCCCCUCAGUGGAGUUGCACCUGCUUAUACCGGGGCUGCAUUUGACCCUCUGGGGAGAUUUUUACUCCCUCACGCUCCAUAAUAGUUCUGUCAAGAAACAUUCCAGCAAAGGGACGCUUCUGUUUCUGUCAUACUUCUUUUUUAUAUUCUCAAGGGAUUAUGCCUCCGAAUAUGGUUUGAAAGAAAUUCCAUUACCAAACCAGAAGGGAAGAUAAAACCCCAUGUCUUUCUUUAACCAAAGAAGCUUCAUAAAGAAAUUUAAAUAAAGAGAGAAAGAGACCCUACCCAUUACAGAUACAGAAUUAAGUCACAGGUCCUGACUGUCAGGCAAUAAUGACAUGCUAUGGAAUUCUUUCUUUCUUUCCUUUUCUUUUCAUUUCGUUUCUUUCUGUUUCUGUCACUCGUUUAUGUUUUGAUUAGCUAGCUUCUUGAGUGGAGAAAUUCAGUCACACUAAAAUAUUGCUGCUAUCCUAAACUUUAGGGGACAUCAAAACCAUUAUGUUUCUCUCACUGUUGUUGUUGUUGUUAUUAUUAUUCAUAAUAAUUACAAUGUAUCUUAUCACUGGCAACAAUGUGGUGUUGAAAUUGUGAACUGUGUAAUGGGAAUAAGCUUCCGUAAGCUCCCCGUGCUUCUGUAGCGUUUAACUCUCCUGCUUUAGGACUCCGUUUGCAAUCUCUGUGUGUCAGUGCAAUGCUGUAGCUCCUGUCAUGACGAAACCUCUGCAAAGUUGGGCAAAUGCAGAAGAAGUGUUUGUGGAAGUGUGUGCAGGUUUGCCAUGGGUUGGCAAUCAGCCCAGCAAAGGGGUAUGAAGUGCUGCUUACGGGCCAAGUUCUGGACCUGUGAGUGCAGGGUCUGACUAAAUGUUCCUUGUUCGGGGAGUUCUGCAGCCACUGGGAGAAAUAAUCCUCUCCUUCCCUGACAGGGUGCAAAGCACCAGUGUGACUCAGGCCAUGGGCUGCAGUAGCAUCUGUACCCGCUGUGUUCCCCUUCCCCCGUGUGGAGGUUUAGGUCAGUGGAUCUGCAGUUGUGGACCCACUGAUCCCCAGAUCUCCUCUGCACUACUGUAGAGACAGCCUCUGACGAUAACUGCUUUGCAAUGUGCAUGAUGUGUGGAGUCCUCCAAAUUCCCUCUCUGGAGUCUGGUCCGGUGCAUUAGGAUCACUUUAGUUCCUCUGCAUUUAAGGCCUCAGUUCUUAGAGAAAGGAAAAUGGGACUGAGCCCUGUGCAUCCAGUCUUUGAGUCCACAUGCUGUCAUACUCUGGCAGAGCUCCCUUUGAAGCCAAUGGGAAUUUUGCCUGCAUGUAGACCAAGUUAAGACUAUCAGUCGCGUUGAGCAAAAUACCCUUUCUACACACUAUUUUACAGCAAAGGUCACAAAUGUUUGUCACACUACUGUAAGCUAUAGUGUCUUGGCUCGUUGCUGUAGUAUUGUCUUUAAGAAUAGGUCCAGCCCAUGCUGCCUGCCCUGUGUUCCAGGUACAUAGUAUGUCACCACUAGAUGCUGUGAUGCCAGCCCUUCAAAGUUUGCCAUUAUGGUCUGUUGCCACCCAGAGGCUGCAGCCCUGCCCAGCCCUGAAGCUACUUGAUUGCAUUAGGCAGUGUCACUGCAGGGUUAGAGUUCAGACCAGAUGGCUAAUUUGGAACUCAGUCCUGCAGGUGCUUAUGCCCGUGAAUAACUUUCCUCCACUUUGGUCCCAGAGCGUUACUGGAAUCACUCACGUGUGUAAAGUUGCUCAGGUAUGUAAAUGUUUGCAGGAUCCAGAUCUAGAUAAGCAGACAAAGACUGGUCUCAGCAAACACAAGUUGCUCUCAUAGGAGAAGGAAACACACGUUUUGCAUCAAGUGUGAAAUCUGAAUGGGGAAUUAGCUUAACUUUUCAGGAGUCUUACGAAGCAUACUAUGAGGCUUUGCUUUCUACCUUUAUAGAAUCAGAUUGAAAUUUACAUUUCUCACGUACGGGUUAGCUUGUCCUUCCAGUUUUAGCAGUGCUGCUAUAACAGACUCUUCAUGUGCGUAUGAAGGUAAAGUUUUUGUUUUUAAUCUUUUGCUUGUCAUAGUUAAUCCAAGAAAGGCAAUACUAAAGGUAUAUUUUUUCCAAAAAUGAUAUUUUUUACUGCACUGAUAAAUAUUGUGACAUCUCUGAUCUUAAGUCUUUAGCUGUAGGGGGAAUUAUGUGCAGAUUCACAUAGAUCUUGUAAAUACUUGUGUGUGGGUCUGACAGCCAGGGACUUUUUUUUUUCUUUCUUUCUUAAAAAAAAUAAAUACAAAUAAAAAUCGAAAGGUUUCCUCUUUGAGACGGAAAGAGAUGGACAGCAAUGCUGAGAGCAAAAGAAAAGCUUAUCCCACUUUCAGAACAUAGCCAAGGAGCUUUUGCAGUGCUGGCAUGGAGUUGAUGAUAAUGCAGACAUGAUAUUGAUUUUUUUUUCCAGUGAAUUGAUUGGAAAGGAGUAAGUAAGUUAGAAAAGCUUUGGUCUGGAAUUCUGAUCAGAAAUGCUGUUCAUCAGCCACAUGGCACCUCUUAGGGUUUUGUUAUAUUUUGUUUCUUAAUUCAUCCUUGUCGAUUGGUCCGAGGCUUGUUUGCCUGGAUUCUAGGUUGGUCUAUAUGUGUUCUACUGUUCUAGAACUCAUUGACUCCAUUGGAAGCAAACCCAUCUGAUCAGGAUUCUGGAUUCUGAUUGGUUGCAAAGGUAUUCUGGCGCUAUGGUGGAAUACCUUCCGUUUUUUAAAGAAGGAUUUAGAUACACUUAUAUUACACAAACUGUGACCUAAUGGCAAUAAUUACCUCAAAUGUGGGCAUUCAUCCUGGUUUUAGCCUUUUUGAAAACAUGUAGCCAGCUUGAACUUGGGUUUCAAAGACUAUAAACUUUGUAUGGGCGGAAUAAUGAUAAAUGCCCACCCUGGUCAUUGUUGCUUGAAUGAAUUCUGAAGACCGUGAUUCUUUAAAACAAAAGAAACCAAGGAAUAGAUUACUCUUUUAUGUAUUGUAAUCAAUUGUGAAAAUGCACAUGUAAGUAUAUAUGUUUAUAGCUACUGUAAAAUGCUUUGGCCUUCUAGAAGUUAUUUAAUGAGUCACAUUUUAAACCAAUAUGAACUGAAUAACAGACUGUGGCUACUUAAACAGUUUUCUGGCUACAUUUUAUAGUUAUUACAGUGUUUUAUAGUUUACAUUUAAACUGGUACUUUUUAAGGGAAAUUUCUGUUUGUAAAUGACACCUUCAAAAACUCAAUACAGCUGCCUCUAUUUUUUAAUUUUGCCCUUUUAAAACAGAAAAGAGCAGGUGUGUCUUUAUUAUGUAUAUUCUGUUUUGAGAUAUAACAUAGUAUUGGAAAGUGAGUUCUGAUCAAAGAAUCUACCUUAUUCCAAAGUAUGGUUAAAAAAACCGCUCCACACAUACUGAAGUAUAGUCCAAUACAUGAGCUAUUUAUUUUUUAAUAACAAACUUUAAUGAAAUUCCUUGGGUUGAAGCAUGGAGCACAAUACUUCCAAAUCAACUAUCCUCUGUAGGACCAUAACCUGGAUGAAGAUACCUGUAUAAUGAGAGAGAAGGAUAUUCAAAGGAAGGGCUGUAUUGUUUUGUUCAUAACUCAUUAGCUGAACUAUUGAUUCCUGAACUAGUGAAUCCCUAUUUUGUUUUGGGAUUGUUGGUUGUUGUUUUUUUUGUGUGACAGCCACUCAGAGAGGCAAUGCUGUAAUUUGGCCUUCAUUCUGUUCAUCCCUUUAUACAAGUGACUCCACCCUAGAAACAUUUUGAACCAGUGAACUAACUACAAAGUCCACUGACCAUCUCUCUGUAAACUUUAUUAGCGAACGGUGGUACCCUUUGGUGUUGUUUCGUUGUUAUAGGUUGUCGUAUAUUUUGCAUUUUGAUGUAACCUCUUCUUUUUUUUUCAGUCUCACUUCACCAUGAGUAUCUGUUUAGUUUUGUCUUUGUUUUCUUUCAGUUGGGUAACCAUUGAACACCGUGUCAAUGUCUCGCUGGGCAAAGUGGUACUUUUAGAUAAUAAAAGUACCUGAAUUGGCAUUUUAAAAAAAAUCUGUCUGAAAUACUGAGCUUCAGUCGUGGCGCUCAGGUAAUCUCAGCAAAGCUCCUUGCAUCUUUCAGUGAGGCCUGACACAGCUGCACUGUUGAUCUUGGCAGUUGAAUGAAGUUACUAGAAAACAACAGUGAUACUUUACAGUUAGGCCCCUGUGCUGCUGCUGGUAAAAUCAGUGUCCGAACUUCCCAUUGACUUCAAUGGGAGCAGAAUUGGUCCCUAGCCCCUCCAGUAACUCCAUUCAGUGCCAGGUACCCUCACUGUAACUCACAUUACCAAAGCGAUAACUUACCAUGACUGGGGUUGCCAUUUGGUGAACUAAAUCGAGGACUGUUAGCAGCCCUUGGGCAAACUGGAAAAUGUCCACCCCCUAACAGGCCACAGUCACAGAAUCAACAGCCACUAACCAUUUUGCUGUCCUCAGCAACAGCCUGUUCUGCCUCGUUGUGGCACGAGCCAGUCCUGGAAAUACCAGCUCGUUUGGUUGAAGGAGCUACAGAGUUUUUUAAAUACUUUGGCUUGGAACUUGUAAAGCAAGAAGGGGUUUCUAAUACUGGCAAUGCACAUCCCUUACAAUCUGAAUGGUUACAUAUAGCACUUCUGUCCUCAAAAAGGAAAUAAAACAUUCUUCAAUGCUUCCACAUUUGGUGGUUACAUACAACACUUCUGUCUUUUUUUUUUCUUUAUUCCUUAUUUGUUUGGUUUUGGUUUUCAUAUUCUUAAAAUGAUACUUCCAUGGCUAUUCCAGGGCACAGCCAUUUCAGAUGUAGAAAGUAUCUGCUCAUCCCAUGUGUUUCACCAACAAAGUAAACAAGGCAUUUUGGGGGUAUCAGAUUCUACUUGCACAGAAUUGGAAUGUAGCUUGUAUAUUCUAUACCAAACCAAAUUUCUGAGAGGAGAGGAAGUGUAAUGAAUAGCUUUAUUAAAAGGAGAGUGAGAGAGAGAGAGAGAGAGAG